GGGGGUGCUCUCUAGUCAUCAUUUGUCGAUGACAUGAAUAAGUGGACAUUUGCUCUGAAUAUUUAUAUUCCUCGUGUAGGCGACCAGUUCACACUGCCCCUACUAACCCUACGGCGGACGGCGUUUUUUAAUUCCUCGUGAAUCUUAGCAACUGUAAGGAUCUCAGGUUGAUUUACAUGCUGUUGCUGAUGCUACAUCAGGAGGCAACCUACUGCUAACCGUAACAGCUGGGGUGUUGUAGCUCUGCGAUACCGUAUGUGCUGUAAGCGGCAUGUGAUGAUCUCAGGACUGUAGACAGAGCCUCACUAGUUAUUUGCUCUGCGUUAGAUAACCGGUUUGAUAUUCAGGUUGUGUUCUGGGUGUCAGUGUGUUCUCUUCUCCCUGUUUCUGCAUGGGAUUACUGUCGGAUACUCUCGUCCCAUGACCAAAAAUAUAAAGGUUAGGCUAACUUGAAAUGUGAAAUUACCAUUGGUAUGAAUGGCAUAUGCUAUAUGUCACAUCAUAAGGGACUGAAGCCCCAUUUGGAGCGGAUUAUAGCUUCAUGUCUAAAGGAAGUGGUGAAACAUUUCCUUUCAAACUGUUUUAAUAGAUAAAUGUUCUGUUAUGGUCCUUUUCUACCAUAAUGUUACAAUUUUUGAGUUGUGUUAUUCUUCUUAGUCAUGUGAUGAUUUGAUGUCUUGAUGUGGGAUCCGGUUUUAAGUUAAUCUCCCAAUCGUGUGUAUUCUUGUUAUAUUCCCUCUUUCCUUCACUAGGCUCUCGUCAAUGGUAACAGGCUUGGGUGUUCUGUAUUAAAUUCUGAUGGGAUUGUCCUAAGGCCACAUCAUUGGAUUGUAGAGGAUUAGACUCGUCAUGGUCUCCCUGUUGUCUAGCCUCACUAAAUCAUGUCAUUGGUUUUGUUCUGAUAAAUUGAAAGCAAGUAAGCAAUUAAGUAAGUUAUUAAGUAAGACAGUAGGUAAGUAAGUUAGCAAGUCAGUUGAUAAGGUGAUAAGUAAGCAUACUUACUUACUUUCUUAUUUAAAGAAUUAAAAAUAAACAUCAGUGUUUGUUGCUGGUCUUUUAAUUUCUGGAUGUGGUUGAACUCAUAUUGUAAGUUUUGAAAAAUGAUGAAAUAAAGACUUUUUGAUAAAAAAAUUAAAAUGUAAUGUUUUUUCCUGAUUUGAAUUAGAAGCAUUAUCAUGCAUAUACAGCGAGUCACCAUUGUUGCAUGAAAUACAAUGGAACUUGCAUAAUCAUGGUUUUGUUUUAUGAGAUUUAUGUCCUGUUUUCAUCCAUGCGACCGUAACCCAACAUGGUUUUUGUUUUAAACUGUUCAUUCGUCUUAAUGUCAAUAUCUCAGGAACUGACACAUUUGUGAUUUUGCCUAUUUGUCAAAUCAACCUUGCUUUAGGAACUAUAUUUGAUACUCCGCAUCAACGUUUCUAAGGCUGAUGUUCAUCUUUGGUUUGAUUUGGAAUGCUCUCAUUGCCUGCAACUCUUUCCCUAUUCUGCUAGCUGCAAAACGUUGUAAAUACUUAAAUAUAAAACAUGACCACAUUAACUGGACUAUUUCCAUUCUUUCAAUAGCCCUGCUGUUGUACUAUUCUGUGUUUUCCAAAUUUACAAAACCACAGAGACAAAACCAUGCCAACAAUUAUAACAAACUAAAAAGGGGUCUUCUGUAUAGUAACAACGAUCCUGAUGUUCAGUUGUGGAGAUGGUGUAACUUAGGCCUACAGGUGUACUUUUAGCCUGGUCUACUUUAUAAAUCCACCUAGAGAGUCGAAGUCCCGGACACCAGGAGGUGUAUUCAAUAUAUCACAGGAAUAAUACUGUUCCAUGCUCAGCCGCCCCUAAUGGCCAUGUAGCCUGCUGAUAAGCCGUCACUUUCCGCACUUGCUGCUCACUCCAUUUUACCCUUGUCCGGCGAUUUCAAUGGAUUUUAUAUACUAAAACCUAGAUGUAGCCGAGAUGGAGCUGUAUACGGACUAUUCCUACCAUCGAGGGUAAAAUGUUGAAGAGGGUUGAAUCAAUAGUUAAUGGGGGUGGUGGAAACGUAAUGACAUUGAAGAAUGUCGUUUCAACCUCGGGGGAGUCUUAGCAGUUGCACAAAGUCUUGCUCGUGUGUGCGGAUGAAGGACCAUGGCCACGGUGACGGCGGAGUUCAGCCACCGGUAGGCCUACUUCUCUAUUCAUGGUUUCGCAGGUCGGAGACACGCCCUGACUUUCAGUUUAGGCCUAUAUUAUAUUGCAGAUCAUCACUUAUUAUAGAUCAGCCAAAGUGAAACGUCAUCAGAUGCCAUCUGACGUAAUUUGGAUUUAGUUAGACGUGCAAAUUAGCGAAAUUAAGUAUUUAUAACAGAAAUAGGCCUAUACCGUAUAUACAAAUAAACCGCAUCACCGAACAGUGCAACAAUAUCAACAUGCUUCCAUCGAUAAUUGGCUUCGGUUUCAAAGCUGCAACCGCGCCAUCUCGUGGCGAGAGGGCGCUAUCAAUUCCCGAGGACCAGCGGCUUCUUUCAAGUGACGUAGAAGCGCUACUGUUUUUUUUGUCACCCUUUUACGAAAAAAGUGCCAAUGUAGACGGCAGGAACCUCAGCAUCAGAUGCACGUCGAGCUCCCUCGCUACGUGGACCACGGGGCGGACAGGAAGGACUGAAUGCGUUUCACUUGUAGCUGGUAAAGUUGAGGUGGGGAGACAUACGACCCGCAGCGAGCGUCCUCACGGCUGUCUGGAGCGUCAGUUUGCCGCUCUUCAGCAGAGGUAAUUUGUUGCUCUCGUGUUCGGGUUCCUUGCCGACGACUGGGGACCGGGUUUGAUUUCUGCCAAGCCGAUAAUAAAGGGACCAGGGAAGACACGGACACAAUCAAGAUGGAUCCGCUUGCACCGAGGAUGUGAAGACUGUUAUGUGAGCCAACACCAGUUACCCACCUAGCUGGUGGAGGAGGAGGAGGAGGAGGAGGAGGAGGAGGAGGAGGAGGGAGGGAGGCGGGGGUGGCGGUGGCGGCUGGGGGCUCAAGGGGGAGAGUGAUGCUGCAGGCGGUUGCCAUGACAGCAGAGGUUAUAUUUGCUCUGUGGUUCCUAGCGAGCGUGACGCGUGGCGGCCCCAUAGCGCCGCUGCCGCUGCGCAGGGCCCCCCCGGAGCGCGUGCUGACCCCGGGGCCCCGCGGGGACCGGGCCACGCCCGCCUCCCCAGACCUCCUCCGGGACGCGGAGGACCAGCUGGCGCUCCGGGAGCUCCCGGCGCUGGGGCUCCGGCGGGAGGCCAACGGGAGCAGCGCGGCGCGGGCCCCCGACCCGGGCCCCCCGAGGGAGGGAGGCGGGGCGGGGGCGUCCCAGGAGCCGCCCUGGAGCGAGCGGGACAACCGGAUCGACGAGGGCCCCACGGGGGACCGCGUGGACCUCUCCCAGGAGGCCAUCGACGAGUACGCCUACCCGGACUACCGCGGCAAGGGCUGCAUGGACGAGAGCGGCUUCGUGUUCGCCAUCGGGGAGCAGUUCACGCCCGGGCCCUCGGCGUGUCCGUGCCUGUGCACGGACGAGGGCCCGCUGUGCAGUAAGCCCGAGUGCCCCCGGAUGCACCCGCGCUGCGUCAGGGUGGACACCAGCCAGUGCUGCCCGCAGUGCAAGGAGAGGAAGAACAACUGCGAGUUCAGAGGCAAGGUGUACGGCUCUCUGGAGGAGUUCAAGGUGUCUGCGUGCGAGAGGUGCCGGUGCGAGCCCAGCGGGGAGGUGCUCUGCUCGCUGUCGGCCUGCCCGCAGACGGAGUGCGUGGACCCCCAGUACGAGCCCGAGCAGUGCUGCCCCAUCUGCAAGAGCGUCUCGGUCGGCUCGCCGGGGCCCGGCGACGGCACCGCCUCCCGCUGCCGUCGCGUUCGAACGCAGCGCAUGAGGAGGUGA